AUGCAAAUUUUUGUCGAUCAUAAUGGCAAAAUGAAUAUAGAAUUGAUGAUGCGAAAUACAUCAGUUUUGCAUUUAGCAUCUGUAGAAGUAUCAAGAAAAAUUAUUUUCAAUUCUCGCACAAGUAUAAAAAAAGAAAAAUGCACAAUUCAAAUGCAUUUGAAGCCGUGGAACGCUUCAUGUAAAAUUACGUCUAUUGCUAAUGUUAGUCGCGAGUCUCAAUUAAAAGCAAUAAAUCUUCGUCCGCUUGAAGUUUGUGGCAGAGAAGACGAGAAAAAAAGAGUCAUGAGGAACAAUAGUAAAUUGCUUCAUGUUUUAGUUCAAAAAUUUCAUUCGGAGUCUACAUUAGUAUAUGGAACUGCAGAAAAAAGUUUUGAAAACGAUGAACGUAUGAAUAGAUUAUGUAUUUCUAUAGUGAAUCGUAGGGAUAAAGGUGAAAAAUCACCGUGA